AUGCCCUCCACUUUCAGGGCAUCGCGCUCAGGGCGACACCUCGACGGUGGCCCCAACCGCACCCGAACCGGCCAGAUCGACCACGACGUCUUUGAGGGACUCCCCGUGCGACGGUGGUCCAAGCAAAAGCACACAUUCUCCCAGGCGCCCAAGCCCGAUGACUCGGAAUUCGGUGUCCAGGGUCCCGGCGGAGGGCCAACGCUACCGGAGCUUCCCAUGCCGCGGGACAGUGGACUCCUGCCUCCGACCAGUCGCGCACUUCUCCGAGCAGCUCGCGCUGGAUGCAAUCACAUUCGCCAGGGCGCGCGACCCGCCGACAAUGAAGAGCAGAAUGUUGCAGAUGCCGAGGACUCGGCCGCUGCGUCAGGGCUAGCUGACCGCAGCUUCACAACUCGCAAGUGGAUGACGGUUCCCAAGCACUUGGAGCCCGCGGAAGCGGAGUUCUUGGCGAAGCGGCGACCGGGCCUGCCCUCUCUGUAUGGAGCCGCUGCGGGAAUCGAUGGAACCACCGCGGCCUCUGGCCCGAUGAGGAGAACCAAGUUCAAAAAGGUUGACCCGGAGACUGGUAACAUCUCCAUCUAUGAAGCCUGGGUGCCUGAAGGGCAUCGCAUCGAAGGAGAGAUCACUGGUGAUGUGCAGACAAUUGUUGAACAGAGCGAUGUACCGGUCAAACCAGAGGCCCCUGCUCCUGGAACCAUUGUUGAGGGUGUGGGUAUUGUCAACGCUGAGGGUGUUGUCGUUGCAGAGGCUGGCUCAGCGGCUGUCAUGACGCCUCCCAAGAGACGCCCUCCUCCUCCCAAGCGCAAGGGCAAGGGUAUUGGCAAGGGCCGGAAGAAGAAGGUCAUGUUCGCACCCGGUGAGGGAGCCGAUGCCGCCACAGUUCAUGGCGUAGGCUCUGGCGCUGGCACCAGUGGAACUGGACUAGACGCGCAGGGGCAGGCGGAUGGUUCUCAGAUGUCUAUUGACCAGUCGGGCCAAGACGAAGAUGAGGAGGAUGGCGACGAGGGCGACGAGAGUGAUGAGGGUGACGAGUCCAUGAUGGACGCGAAAACCCCCGAGACCCCUCAGCCUCCAUCCGGCGCAGAGUCUGUGGGCCAAGCCUCAAUAGGAACACCUGCUGGGCAAUCCGUCGAUGCCGAUGUUGACAUGACGGACGAUAUCCCAGAGCCCCAGCCCUCUGCCCCCGAGCCAUCUUUGCCAGCUGGAACCGAUGCCCCCUCGCAGCCCCAGCCAACUGAGAAUCAGCCUCAGCAGACUCUGGACGCGAGCACUAGCGUACAAGUUGAUGCCCCAGAGAAGCUCGAGGAUGAGAAGCCUAAAAUCUCGGAAAUCGAGCAAGAGCACAUCUCUCCCAGUGCUGAAACGAAAAAAGAAUCCGCCGAACCUGAACCUGAACCUGAAGCUGGCGAGCCUCAAGAGGCUAAGCCACUAGAGGACAAUACUCCCAUACCUGCCGAGCCCGCUCCCAAGGAAGAGCCCGGCCUUGCAAGCCCACAAGAAAGUUUGCCUGCACCGCCGCCAAUCGCAGACUCCGAACCGUCCCAACUACAGCCUUCGACUGAGACGCAAACACCUGAUGAGCCAGCACGUGCCGCAGAACCAGAACCAACCCCUGAGUUGGCUUCCACAUCAGCCGAGCCACAGCUCGCUCAGAGCCCGUCCCAACCAAUAGACCAGCCAGAUACGCAAGACCCCCCCGCGGCUGUUCAGAAUGAUCAACACAACCCCUCGGAGGCACCCGAGGCCGCCUCAAACCCACAAGAAACUAUCGCGGACAUAGCGGAGCCUCCAGUGCUUGAACAACCCGCAGUACCAGAGCCUACCGCAUCCUCAGAUUCACCACCCGCGCCACCGGCAGCAGAGGACCCUCCAGCCAUAGCCCCGUCUCCCAAUGUACCUCUACCCACUGCAGCAGACUCUGCUCCAGUCGACGAACCCGCUCCCAUCUCACAUGGUCAAACGGAGACACCUAUUGAAACAGAGGUUCCAGACCAACCCACCACUGUCACUGAAACAGAACAGAAAGAAGAGUCCGUGUCUGAAGAACCCAAGGCUGAACUUGAACAACUGCCGGAUCCAGCACCGGAAUCAGACUCUCUUUAG